UAGCUUAACCCGAAGUACUUUACGACGCGUCAGCUAGCCGGCUGAAGUGACAAGUGACAUUGGAAGUCACAGUUGUGAGUUUAAGUUGCUCAUUAUUCGUUUAUGCGUAUAAAGAAAAUCCUAAAUAUUAGUUUUUCGCUCCUGCUGGUGGAGGCAGAGUGUAAGUUGUGUGACUUCAAAAUAUUUUUCCUCACUUGCCGAUGAGAGGCCACGAUAGAUUUUUUUCAAAUAAUGCAGGGGUUAUGGAAAGUCUACAAAACCAUGCUGAGGAGCAACAAUACAGUUUUUCCAAACACAGUUCAUGGCCCAACAACCAGGAAUCAACCAAUAAUUGCAAGCCACGUGUCGGUGGAUUUGUUUUAGUGCAUGCAGGAGCAGGUUACCAUUCAGAAUCCAAGGCCAAGGAGUACAAGCAUGUAUGUAAAAGAGCUUGCCAGCAAGCUGUGGAGCAGCUCAAAGCAGGGGCACUUGCAGUUGAAGCCGUUGCUGCAGCACUGGUUGAACUCGAGGACUCUCCCUUCACCAAUGCGGGUAUGGGUUCCAACCUUAACUUGUCAGGGGAAAUCGAGUGUGACGCCAGUAUCAUGGAGGGGAAAUCACUUCAUUAUGGAGCUGUAGGUGCUAUUAGCGGUAUCAAGAACCCUGUUUUAGUUGCAAAUCGACUGCUGAGUGAAGCACAGAAAGGGAAACUUUCAGCUGGCAGAAUACCACCAUGCUUUUUAGUCGGACGGGGAGCACACGACUGGGCCAUUAGCCAUGGUGUCCCACCCUGUCCCUCAGAGAAAAUGGCAACCAAGUUCAGUUUAUCGGCAUACAAGCGGAACAAAAGGAAGAUGGAACUUGCUGAGAAAAUGGACACUGGUCAUAAUCAAACGAAGAGAAGACGACAGUCAAGUGGAAAUGAAAAUGGAUCGGAGUGCCUUGAUACUGUUGGAGCCGUUGUCGUUGAUCUGCAAGGCAAUGUUGCUGCUGCAGUGUCCAGUGGAGGUCUGGCCAUGAAACAUCCAGGCAGGAUUGGACAGGCUGCUCAUUAUGGAUGUGGCUGCUGGGCUGAAAAUGCACGUAACAUGAACCCGUACUCGACCGCAGUGAGUACCUCAGGCUGUGGAGAGCAUCUCAUUCGCACCAUGCUGGCACGGGAAUGCUCCGCUGCUAUGCAAUCGGAAGAUUCCCAUCAGGCAUUGCUGGAAGCAAUGCAAAACAUGUUCAUCAGCUCACCCUUUCUGGCCAGUGAAGAUCGAGUUUUGGGUGGAGUAAUUGUCUUGCGGUGCUGCAGAUGUGCGGAACCUCAGCCGUCUCCCAAUGUUCAGGGUCCUCUAGUGGAGUUCCUUUGGAGCCACACCACAGAGAGCAUGUGUGUAGGCUACAUGUCUGCCCAAGAUAGCAAAGCCAAGACACACAUAUCAAGAUUACCACCUGGGACAAUACCCGGUCAAUCCUUGGCCAUCGAAGGAGGUGUUUGUCGCCUGAUGAGCACAGUGGAUUGAAUCACAUUUUUGUCUUUGUUAGUUUGUCUUGCAAUACAAUACUCACAAUGCAUUAUAAUGGGUGAUGCUGGAAACAACAAUCUUUGGAGUUUCACUUGUAGUUUGUGCACUUGCACAUGCACCUGGAUUAUACUUGAUGCACCGUUGCCUUGAUGUGCCACUCUAUUCUAUGAUCUCUUCCUUUUUAUUGUAGAUAUGUUUUUGAGGUAAACAGGGUGGAUGUCAUUUGUAUUGAUGCACCGGUGGAACUUUUUGUAUAGGUUUCAAUACAAAAUCUAAUCUUUCGAGCACAGUAGCUCGCAUUAUGCACAUGAGGCAAUUCUUGCUACUUCAGAUAACUGUUAUGAAUGAAUACUGUUUCAGACAAAAAAUAUAUAUAUAAAAUUAUACUUACAGUAAUAUAUACCGUCUCACAUGCCACCAUUUACACUUGAUUUAUAGUAAUCACACCUCUAGGAUAAUAAGAGACUUGCAGCCUUUAAAACCAUAGCAUAUUGUAUACUAAAGUGAAUACCGUAAUUUUCAGAAGUAUAAACCGCUACAUUUUUUCCCUCAUUUUGAAUCCUACGACUAAUACUCCAUUGCGGCUUAUAUAGAUUUUUUUUUUUUUUUUUUUAAGAGGUAACACUUUAUUUGACAACGGCGCCAUAAGACUACCAUAAGACCCUCAUAAUUAUGACAUGACACUGUCAUGGGCAUUAAUGAAUGCUUAUGACAGAUGUCAGACAGAAGUGUCAUUGGGCAAAUUAUCUCACUAACUCCAUUCAUGUCCAGCUCUGAUCGUUUACAUCCAUUCAAAAGUGUGAUUAUAUGCCGGAUCACACAAAAUGAAAUUUGCAUAAGCAUUAAUUUUCUUGGAAGUGUCAUGUCACUAUUAUAAUGGUCUUAUGACAGUCUUAUGGCACCACUGUCAAAUAAAGUGUUACCAAAUACCAUAAUUAGCAAUUAAUGAAACAACUGGAACAGUAACUGAAGAAAUAAUUGGCAAAGAACAUGAAUUUUGAUUGUUAUCUACAUCUGUAGCAAUGCAUGCUAGGAGGCAUGUUAGACGACAACAGGUUGACAGCAGGUGGUAGCAGAGGUUGACUGUCUCUCCAAAGGGAGCAUUAAUGGCCAAAUGAAGCCUCUCGAAGCAAUGAACCUUUUCAGCCAAUUGGUUAAAAGCUUCAUGGUGGUUCAUUUGGUCUUAUGACAGUCUUAUGAGGCCCUUGUCAAAUAAACUGUUUCUGGUUAAUAUAUUUUGUUGUAAAUACCCCAUAAUACAGUGAGGACAGUCGCAGUUUAUAGUCCAGUGCAGCUUAUCGAUGAACAAAUACUCUUUUCAUGUCAAAUUUGGUGGGUGGUGGCUUAUAGUCAGGUGCGCCUUAUAGUCCGAAAAUUACGAUACAUAGCACUGCAUGCAUAUAAUCUACAGGAUCACCAAGAGGGAAACACUGCAUGUAUGCACUUCCAGAGCUAUGCUAAUACUGUAGCACUCAGGUAGUUGUUAAAUCUACAAUUACUAAGGACUGUUAACAAAUUAUAUUCAUAUAUAUAACGACCUGAAAUAAGACAUGAAUUUGUUAUGAGAGAAGGGGUAAACCUAUAAUCCAAAAUACUCAUUUUAAAGUGCAUUAAAUGGUGCUAGGAGGUUUUACUUGACAGUAUAAAUCCACGCUUCUGUUAGAAUUCUGUUCUUCAAAUCUUAGUGAUAUGGCGCUUGUUACAUGACAAUGCCAUGAAAUCCUGAUAUGUGCACAGCUUUCUAAAGUGUUUCAGAAUUUAAUAAA